ACGAUGAAGUUUCACACAUGAAAAAGGUAUUGGCUACGCGUUUUAUUCUUCACCGAACACUCCAAUCUCUAUAUAACUUUCAGGUCCUUCACUAAUCACUACCAAAGAAAAAAAGGUUCAUAUAGAAAGAAAGAAAAAUAAAAUGGAGGUCAAACAAAGAGCCUUGGAGUCACCGAAGAUGGCAACAAAAGCGGAUGGUGAGGAGAAGACAAAUAAGGAUGAUAUGAUGAUUAAAGGGCAUAUCAAAAUCACUGAGGGUUUAAGAAAAGCUAAGACGACAAGAGAUGAUCAAUCUUCUAAGAGCUUGACAUCAUCAUCAUAUAUUAUGAAAAUCAAGAUUGGAAAUUACAAAAACUCGAUACAAAGAUCAGAAAACACUAAAAAGAUGGAAAAUCACCCAAAGAACAAGAUGGUGAUCAUGAAUCCGAAACAAAACACAGAAGAGAGUACCAAUCUUGAUAAGAUGAAGAAGAAGAAGGUGUGGGAUUGCGAAAGUACACUCUAUGACUCGUUCGAGCUCAACUCUUUCAAUCGCCAACUCGACUCAGCCAUCUCCUCCUCAGCUAGAUCCAUGUCCAUGCCACACCUCUCUCCUACUCCUCCUCCACCGUCAGAAACAACGUCUUCUUUAACCAAGAAACAACAAUCCCCUACCAAGAAGAUCUCACGUUCUCUGGGGAAACUCAUUAAGUCAAUGUUGAGACAGAAACAAUCAAAUGCUUCGUUUAAGGCAGGUCACGACGAAGUAGACAUGGACAAAUACUACGUUGUUUUCGAUAAGACGGGCUCGCUUACGACGAUCCCCGAGUCAGGAGAGUCAACAGAGAUGGUUGGCUCAGAGAUCAACUCGCUUGUUAGAAAAACAACGUCCGAGCGAAUCCCGCUGAGUCGGCUUGUUGGUAUAUCAUGUUCUUAAUUAUUUUUAUAUGACUAUAAAUAAUACUAUACCGUAGUUAAGUCACCAAAUAUUAAUAUGAAGAUAUUAGUGUAUAGAUUAAAAUAGCCUUUAAAUAAAUAACUAUUAUGGCGGGGAUGUGCCUUUAGUCAA